UUCUGAUUUGCUGAGUAAGCGGAUAAGUUCGAAUGGUGGCUAGCUAGCUGAAGAUGUCUCUAGUGUUUCAGACCAUGAUAUUCUCUGUACUGUUACUAGCAGGAGAUUGCAACAGCAAAAAACCCUCUCCUGACUCUGACAGCCCUACAUUCGCAAGAACAGUGAAGGACACAGCAAAAUCAGUAGGUCAAGCAGCCAAGACAGUUGGUGACAAUGCUUGGAAGCUUAGCAAAGACACAGUAUCCACAGUAUCUGGUAUAUUCACCAAAAGCACCAAUCAACUAGGACCUGAUCCUGAGGUAGCAGUGGAGACCAACAGUGAUCAAUCAAAAGGGACUAACACUUUGUCUGAAGCCGAUGAGGCUAACUGUCUCACCGAUGAGGCAAACUGUCCCGCCGAUGAGGCUAACUGUCUCGCCGGCCCCGAUGAGGCUAACUGUCCCAGUGAUGAGAACGAUGAUUUGAAGGGGCAUGACUUUGAUUUGUCGGUGGUUGAUACGGAUGAGGGUGUAUUUAGUCAGCUGUUAGACAUAGCCUCCAGUAGUGUGUCUACAGUCUAUAAAACAGCUAAAGAGAACAUUUACGACAAUGGAGCUAGACUGAUGAGGAACUUCUCCAAGAUAGUGAGGGAGAUAGUACAUGAGGAGCUGUACGUGUUCCUGCAGACUGUGUUGAGUGGUCUGGGAGCCUCCCUCCUUACCCCGGGUGCUACACUUUACUACCUCGGACAGGCGGCCAUGACGAUCGUCCUAGUCGUCAUUUGUCUCCUCCUCUCGUACGUGUUCCUGUUCCGAGUGUCUAUAUUCAUCAUACUGGGAGGCAAUGCUUCAGUGUACCUGGUCCACCAGUUCAUGGGACCAAUAUGGAUCUUUGAUUGGAUGUUCACUGGCCUGUCUCAAUUCACAUGGAUACUACGCAUGACAUACAGACAUCCCUAUAUUGCUGCCCUGUGUCUGGUCGCUUUGUUUGUGUAUUUCGUAGUGUUCCCGGUGGUCAGGAUGUGUACACAGAGAGGACCUGAGCAAAGAGCGUACGAUCUAGAGAAACUGGUCUUAGAUAUUAGCAGGAGAUUGGGGGAAGUAGAGACAAAACAAACUGAGAUGUUGGAAAAAAUGGACGAGAGUCAUAAGGAAAUGUUGGACAUAUUGAGACGUUUAGACACUAAUGAGGCACAAAGAUAAAUUACCCUUCGCAUCACUUGUUUUGUUGCAUCACUUAUUUUGUACAUUUGCUUCACCCCAUUGUUAUUUUGUUAUUUUGUUAUUCAUGUCUACAUGUGACAUGUAUGUUUUG